AUGCCCACCAAAACCCCCACCCCAACCGACUUCCCCUCCCACCUCAAAGUAACCAUCACGCACCCACCGACGCCCUCCACCGCCCCAGCCCCCAAUAUUCUCCUCCUCCUCCACGGCCUUGGCGACACAGCCGCCGCCUUCACAUCCUUCGCGCGCGCGCUGCAGCUCCCCGAAACAACCGUCGUCACCGUGCAAGCGCCGGCCCCGCUCCCCUUCGACCUGGGCGGCUUCCACUGGGGCGACGAUGUCGCCUUCGACACGGGGACGGGCGGGCUGGACAUGGACGCGGGGUUGACGCGGAGCACGGCGACGCUGGUCGACGACGUCAUACGCGGCUGCUUGCUGGGUAAGUGCGGUUAUGCGCUGCGCGAGAUUAUUGUGCUAGGGUUCGGACAGGGCGGGAUGGCUGGGUUGGUGGCGGCGAGGGAGUUGGGGUUGGGGAGAGGUUCCUCUGAACAACAGGAUCAAUUGCAACAGCAACAACAACAACAACAGACUGGUGCGCUGGCUGGUGUGAUCUCCAUUGGUGCUCCCUACCCACUGUCGGGGUCCCGCGCUGGCGCGAAAAACCGCUCGCCCGUCCUGCUGGUUGCGGGCCGGGACUCGGUGGCCGUGUCGGAUGCUGCGGUGCGGAGGACGGAGGAGGUCUUUGAGUUUGUUGAGCUGAGCCGCUAUGCGCGCAAGGGCGAUGGCAUGCCCUCGAACCGCGAUGAGAUGCUGCCUGUCAUGCAGUUCUUUGCGCGGCGGUUGCGCAGUCGGCAGGGAGUGCCGGAGGGCAGCGUCGAAAUUACAUGA